ACCGUGAGCAUGUGACAGACAUUCACACUCACAACAUCUCUACAAUGAGACUUCUCAGCUGUGUGCUCAUUCCUGUCAUCCUAUUCUUGCUAUGCCAUGGAGAUUUUACAGCAGGAAAUCCAUUAUCUCACCCCAACCAGGAUCACACAGGACAGGUCACCUGUUUAGCUGGAAAGCCGGUGAGAUCCACAGACAGCCUGUACCUGGGGAAUGGAGAUGCACAGAAUGUUCUGCUCCUGGAAUUCCAACUCUCCGACUUAACGAGUAAUCUUUCCUCCUUUGAUUUCCGGACUUUCGAUUCAGAAGGCAUAAUUUUCUAUGGAGAUGUUGGGAAAGAUAACUGGUUUGUACUGGCAGUCCGGGAGCAGCGCCUGGAGGUACAGAUGAGUAACGGACAUGGACAAAUGGUUCUCUCAAAGUGGGGGCCAAAUGUGAGCGAUGGUAAAUGGAGGAAGGUGACUGUAGACAGUUCUAUUAACACUAUCGAUGUGAGAGUGGAUGGGGAGGUCGUGGUGAUGUUGACGCAUCACGUGAAUAAUGAACUUGUGACUCAGGUCGACUCAAGACUCCGCAUCAUCCUGGGUGCUCUUCCAGGGGACAUCAGUGUGCAGCUUCUCAGGCCGUUGCUUCCUGCUUUGGAUGGGUGUAUGCGUAACUGGGCCUGGGUGAAAAAGAACACACAAGCUCUAGAUAAUGCAAUGGAGAUGGAUGAGAACCGAAGAUGCUUUACAAACGAGGAGCCAGGUGCUUUCUUUCCUGCCCACGGCUAUGCCAUCUUCAGACCGGCCUUGUUCCCAUCAAAGGACAGUAAGCCCUGGGGUCUAUCCGUUCAGCUCUCAUUCCGAGUACUAGAGGAUGGCGGGAUUCUGCUGGGCUUCUAUGGAGCAAAGAAUGUCACCACACUGACCAUAACCUUGGACUGGGAGAAGCAGGUUCUAACAGUCUCUCUAUUGGGCAAACUGGAACAUUCUCUGAAGUUACCACCUGGUAUAUGUCUUGGAACCUGGCAUACUGUGGAUCUUAUGAUCCAGUCACAUCAGCUUGUUCUAAGCAUGGCGGAGUUAGCAUCUUCCUCUGGCAUUCUUCCUGCAGACUUUGAGGCCCUGGAAGACAUGUGGCUACAUCCUGAUGCACUCAUUUCUGUUGGUGGCAUUGGAGAACAAGCUGAACUUGGAGUACGAUUCUCAGGUUGUCUGAAGAUAAUUCUGCAAGGCGCCGCUGUAGAGCUGGAUACAGCCCAGUACAUACACCCCAGUGUUCGCAGACACAGUUGCCCUUUGGCUAUAUAGCUAAGAACCUGAAACCUGGCAUUGGAGAACGUCAUGUUACAUUUACUAGAGCUUUGGUUCCAUUGCUAGUCUUUAUAUAGUGACCCGAGUCUAAAUGUUCAGGUAUUGGGAGUGUCCUCGGAAAGCACAUGAGCUUUCAGACACUUUUAUUAAGGCUUUAUUUUUGCUUGAGCAUCAAUACUGUUCAUAGCUAACCUACUAACAGCCCACUAGUAAUGCACAACCCUAGACAGCCAUUAGAUGUAACAUUUGCUAAUGUAAGGCAGGGGUGUAAUUCAUGGACUUCUGUGAGGUUUCCUAAAUCUAUUUCAGUGGCCCCCUGGUUGUCAAAUGUACAGUUAUUAUGUAAUGCACCUCGUUUGGGGCCCCAGAACAGUGGCACACGAACGCUUCAGGUCCAAAUGAAAAACAAGCAGAAGAAUGUAUUAGGACCACAAUACACAGUGGUUUGGGUUGAUGGGUGUUACUGUUUAAUCUGUUUCUACAGUAUAUACUAUACAUCAAAUGAAUGAUUAAUGUCUUCAAAUAUACAAUUUUUUGGAAUUCUUGGCAUAGCAUCCUGCUGUAUAUUCACAGCAUUGUCAGGCUGUAUGUCAGAGACAUAGGGGUAAAUGUAAUAGGUGGGAGAAGCCGGAGAUGUGGGAGUUUGUCCUAGAAGGGCCGUAUUUUUAAAGCGACUAUCAUUUAGAGGGCAAAACCACCCUGGCUUUGUAUUGUAAAUGAUUAAAGCUUUAAAAAUACAGACAUUCCUGGACAACCUCCCACACCUCUGGCUUCUGGCACUCUAAUAUAUUUACCCCAUGAGACAUUAAAGCAGAAUAUUGGUGUUUUCCAUUAAUGUGGCAUUAUAGAGGAAUAAUAAAUACUGUACAUUUUGUUUCCAA